AAACACUGAAGUCCUGAAAUUAUAAAUGAAUAGGUCAGCAAACUGAGCUUGCCAUGCAGGCAAUUAAAACCGUGGAGAAAGAAGUCACUUUUAUAAAGGAAACGCUCUUCACGGAGUCUUUCCUGAAGAAGCAGGAGCGCAGCCGGAGCCCCGCAAGCCGGCGGCUCGGCGCGGAGCAGCCAUUGGAAGGAGCUGUCUGCAGCUCGCAGUGCUGCACUGAGCAUGUCCCAGCGGAGCCCGGCGCAAGCUGCACAUUAUGCAAAAAGGCGGCUCUAGCAGAUGGGAGAGAGGCUCGGCGAGCGUUCGCUGCGCCUGCAUCACCACCGCCUGAAAACAAACCCGCACCAUCGCUAGGGGGGAUCUCGCCGGCAGGCCGAGAGGAGGAAAUCUGGGAGCAUGGCUUGAUUUCCGAAGGUGGUGUGCUGCGGAAAAUCAUGGGGAAUCAAGAUGGGAAGCUAAAGAAGAACGCAGGUGAUGUGCAUGAUGGAGGAGAGGAUGUCUCUGGGCCCAAGGAUACAGAUGGCACAAAGAAGGUAACGGGAAGCAGGAGGGGAUUGGGGAAGCAUGCAAAAGGAAGUGAAUCUGGUAAGAAGAAAGGUAAGUCGGACUCGAGGGCCUCAGUAUUUUCAAAUUUAAGAAUCAGAAAAAAUCUGUCCAAGGCCAAAGAUGGGAAUAGCAGUUCGAGGGAGGAUGUUUUGGAAAGCCAGGCCUUGCCGCCGGGGGAGCUGGACAGCACUCACUCAAUCGUGACCAAAACUCCCGAUAUAAGCAUCUCUGCAGAUGAAGGGGGUCUCUCGGACACAGACGUUGAACAUUUUGAAAUCCGGAAUGAAACCGUCCCGGUUGCUGCAGAGACACAGGAUGGACAAAGGACCAGCUCUGGCUCCGACACAGAUAUAUACAGUUUCCAUUCAGCCACUGAACAAGAGGAUUUGCUUUCCGAUAUCCAGCAAGCCAUUAGGCUGCAGCAGCAGCAGGGGGCAAUUAGCAUUGGCACCGAGGACUUUGUCACCAAAACAAUGGGCCGACACAUGGCUAAUUCCCAAGCAGCCCCCUUAGAUUUUGAACGGUUCCUUUCAGGAGCUCCCGGUGACAAAGCGAGCAGCCCAGGCACCGAGGAGGCGCUUCCAGCGGGAUCUGAAAUUGCAGAAAGCAUUCCGGGCUCCUGUGCAAAAGAGAGUGAACUGAAAGAGGCGGUAAAUGGAACAGCCUCUCCUGGAAACGGCUUAUUUAAAACCCAGGAACGCAAGCUAUUGAUUGAGGAGCAGGAACAGCUCACUGACGGCGUGGAUGCUGUAGCUAGCGAGCUAAAGGAGGAUUUAAAUGGAGCCACAGUAGAAAACGGGCCUCAGAUAGAUGGCUUGGCACUACAUUUUCCAGCCUCGGGAGCAGUUUCUGAGGCUAAAAGUAGUGAUGUGCAGACUGAUCUGCAAGGUUCGGUCACGGAGGAUGGUGCUUGGGAUGCAGGCCGCAAUCAUGCUGCUGAGACUCAGGAAGAUAAACAUGCAAUAUCAGCCAGCCAAGAUGACCUGCUUAAUGGCUUAUCCACUGAAACGAAAAAUGGCAUUUCCUUCUCGGAGGGGACAACAGGCAGCCCGGUGCUUGGUUCCCGCUGCUUUAAACCCUACCUAAUUAAUCCUUGUUACAUCAAAACCACAACUAGGCAACUGAGUUCUCCCAACCAUUCACCUUCUCCCUCCCCAUCCCAGAGCCCGCUUUUCACGAGGAGGCAGGAGUCCUGUCACAAAAAGGAAAAGGUCUCAAUCAAAAAGCAGAGGUCUGCUAGUUUGGCGGGUUUAUUUAGCCGCUCGGCAGACUGGACCGACGAGAUAUCUGAUCACAAAAGCGAGCUAGCGCAGAAGGUGGGCUCUGCCGGCUACCUGGAGCACAGGGGCUUCAGAGAGAAGUUUCAACCGGAAAGAAUGCCUUUGACUCACUCAAGAAAGUCCUCAGGGGUGCAGGCUUCUACAGAGACAUUUCCUAAUGUCUUUUCAGGGAGAACUCUGCUGGAAAAGCUUUUCAGUCAGCAGGAGAAUGCGCCACAAGAAGAAGCAGAAAAACUAUGUUCUCGUAUUAUUGCAAUGGGUCUUUUGCUUCCUUUCACCGAUUGCUUCAGAGAACCGUGUAAUCAGAGUGCCCAGCAAAGCACACCCACCUUUGAUCAAGACCAGCUUUAUACUUGGGCUGCAGUUAGCCAACCCACACAUUCAUCGGAUUACAUUGAAGGAAGCUUUCCAAGGAGAAUUCCAUCUGCGUGGCCCCCACCCAAACCUCCAGAUGAGGAAAAAAGACUCAAAACUACGGAAGGAGAGUUGAAAUCUGCAAUCCCAGAAGUAGAGAAACAAUGCAUAGAGGAUGUCCAGCGGUCACAGAAAGAAGACUGUCCCACAGUACCUGGGUCCUGGGAUGAUUUUGAAGUGAAAUCCGAGGAGCGUGCCAGUGUCAUCCAACAACUUGAACAAACUAUUGAGGAUUUGAGGACCAAAAUUGCAGAACUAGAGAAACAAUACCCUGCCAGAGAAGUACAGACUGCUAUAAGGGAGCAGGAAAAUGAGCACAGACAUCCAGUCUGCAGGGAACUCAGUAGCAUAACUCUUCAAACAAACGGAGAGGAGGUUGCAUUCAGAACUGUGUCACAAGCAAGAUCUGUACAGACAUCACCAACAGAAGAUUAUCUACCACACAAAAUGCCUUCAGCCAAUGCACUGCCACAGCCACCCUCACCACUGCACUUGAAAGGGGGCAAAAGUGAAGGGCCAACCGAGCAAUUGCCAACUCUGGAACUACAGCCCACAUUUUGUUCUGAAAUCUCCUUAAUUCUGUCACCGAAACUAAUCUCGGUGCCACUGGAUACAAGCCAAUCAGUACAAAGUACGCCGCAGUCACCUCUUCCAGAACCCAAAGUUAAUUUGUCCCUUGCAUUUGAAGGAGAGCCUGGAUUGCCAGCUCCCCAUCAGCCUCUAAGUACUGGAAAUGAGACUUGUAGUGAACAUGCCCCCUCUGUGCCACCCGAGCCCUCUUGUAGCACUCUCCCAUCACUGCCAGGAUCUACCCUGGCUGCAUCUGCACCUCUGGCAGGAGGACCACCCUCACCAUCCCUGCCUGAUGCAGGACUCCCUCUGCAUCUCUCUGGCCCAGCAAUGCCGCACCCGGACCAUUCUUUGCCAGGCAUCGUGAUGCCACCUCCACCACCACCUCCUCCACCUUUGCCAAGUGGGGAGAUACCAAUGCCACCUCCAGCCCCUUCUCUUCCAGAUGCUGGAGUCCCACUGCCACCUCCACUACUACCUCUGCCCAGUGGAGGUGCAGGGUUCCCUCCUCCACCACCCCCGCCACCACCUCCUCCUCCUCCUCUGCCAGGUGCAGGUUUCCCACCACCACCUCCUCCUCCUCCACCUCUGCCUGGUGCAACUGUCCUUAUUCCUCCUCCUCCUCCACCUCUGCCUGGUGCAACUGUCCUUAUUCCUCCUCCUCCACCUCUGCCUGGUGCAACUGUCCUUAUUCCUCCUCCUCCACCUCUGCCUGGUGCAGGUGUCCCACCGCCUCCACCACCCCCUCUGCCUGGUGCAGGUGUCCCUCCACCACCACCUCCUCUGCCUGGCCUGGGAAUGCCACCCCUGGCCCCACCACCUUUGCCUGGAGCUGUGCCACCUCCUCCACCACCAGCUCCGAGCAGCGCCUACCCAGCAGUCCCACAAGUCUCUGGGUUUCUUCCUCCUCUGUUACCAUCUGGUUUAUUUGGGAUGGGUGUGAGUCAGGAGAAAGGGAGCAGGAAACAAGUGAUAGAGCCUUCUCGACCAAUGAAGCCUCUUUAUUGGACAAGAAUUCAGCUGCACAGUAAAAGAGAUUCUAGUGCUUCACUUGUGUGGGAAAAAAUUGAAGAACCUUCCAUAGAUUAUCAUGAGUUUGAAGAACUGUUUUCUAAAACAGCUGUUAAAGAGAGGAAGAAACCCAUUUCGGACACCAUUACAAAAACAAAGACUAAACAAGUUGUCAAGUUGUUAAGUAACAAAAGAUCUCAAGCUGUUGGAAUACUAAUGUCUAGCCUUCAUCUAGACAUGAAGGACAUUCAGCAUGCUGUUGUGAACUUGGACAACUCUGUAGUUGACCUAGAGACCCUUCAAGCCCUCUAUGAGAAUAGAGCACAAUCAGAUGAAUUAGAAAAAAUAGAAAAGCAUAGCAAGGCAUCGAAGGAAAAAGAAAAUGCCAAGUCUUUGGAUAAGCCUGAACAGUUCCUCUAUGAACUCUCGCUAAUUCCCAACUUUUCAGAACGUGUAUUUUGCAUCCUGUUCCAAUCAACGUUUUCAGAAAGCAUUUCUUCAAUUCGUCGCAAACUUGAAUUGUUACAGAAACUGUGUGAGACACUGAAAAAUGGGUCAGGAGUUAUGCAGGUCUUGGGCUUGGUUCUUGCGUUUGGAAAUUAUAUGAAUGGUGGAAACAGGACACGAGGACAGGCAGAUGGGUUUGGACUAGAUAUCCUGCCAAAGCUGAAAGAUGUCAAGAGCAGUGACAACAGUGGAAGUCUUCUAUCUUACAUGGUCUCAUACUAUUUGCGUAAUUUUGAUGAGGAUGCUGGAAAAGAGCAAUGCAGUUUCCCUCUUCCUGAGCCACAAGAUCUCUUCCAGGCUUCUCAAAUGAAGUUUGAAGAUUUUCAAAAGGAACUUCGCAAAAUGAAGAAAGAUUUGCGAGCAUGUGAGACAGAAGCAGCAAAAGUUUAUCAGCUAUCACUAGAAGAGCACCUCCAGCCUUUCAAAGACAGCAUGGAGCAAUUCAUUAGUCAAGCUAAAGUAGACCAAGAAAAUGAGGAGAAGUCAUUGACAGAAGCACAUAAAAGCUUUUUGGAAACUGCAGCUUAUUUCUGCAUGAAACCAAAAAUGGGAGAGAAAGAGGUGUCCCCACAUUCUUUCUUCAGUAUUUGGCACGAAUUCAGCUCUGACUUCAAAGAGUUCUGGAAGAAGGAAAACAAACUUAUUCUGCAAGAAAGAGUUAAAGAAGCAGAGGAAGUCUGCAGGCAGAAAAAGGGGAAAUCACUUUACAAUAUAAGACCAAAACAUGACUCUGGAAUUAAAGCGAAGAUAAGUAUGAAGAUCUGAGAGAAGAGAAGCGAAAGCCGUUGCAACCUGCUUACCAAAACUCAACACGUCCCUGGGUGGGGGAUGAGGGGGAAGGAAACUGCAUCAUCC